AUUCUCAGAUUAUAUCUCUUUAGUUCCGGAUAUAGACCGAGGCUUGCCCCUUGUCAUCUUCAGUAUGAGCGGGGUUAGCCGAAAGAUAAGAAAUGGAGCUAUACCAGCAUCAAUGAGGUUGCCAGGUUGAGUAUUACGCCUCUUAAAAUCCUUGAGGUUCCUCAUGUUGACUUUUCUCGUUGUCUUUCAGAUGAGCGCAGUCCCUUAAUCAUGGAAUCCAGUCGGUUGGCGGUUGCGCAGCGCCAUGAGCGGACGCCGGAGGAGCGCGAUCUCGUUCGAAGGCUCGAUAUCUUUCUGAUGACAUUCGGAUGCGUAUCUCAAGUUAUCAAGUACCUUGACCAACAGAACAUCAGUAAUGCAUAUGUAUCGGGAAUGAAGGAAGAUCUUGCCUUGAAUGGCAACGAGCUGAACUAUUUCACCACGUACUUCAGCGUGGCGUAUUGUAUCAUGUUAAUCCCGUCGCAAAUUAUCUUGACGUACGUACGACCGAGUUACUGGCUAUCCGGAUUAGAGAUAAUCUGGGGCGUGAUAACGGGUCUUAUCGCUCUCACUCAUAAUGCGAAGCAAGUGUACAUCCUCCGUGUAUUUCUUGGACUCUGCGAGAGUUCGGCUUGGCCAGGCAUGAUGACGUUGUUCAUGCAUUGGUAUACGCCUUCGGAGUUAGCAAAGAGAAUGGGAUUUUACCACUCUUGCCAAGCGAUUGGUUCGAUGAUGUCCGGAGCACUUCAAGUCGCGAUCAUUAAUACCUUGCAUGAUGCGGCCGGGCUGGCUGGGUGGCGCUGGCUAUUCGUCAUUAAUGGAAUUAUGACCGUGGUUUGGGGUGCACUGGGAUUUUUCUUAUUGCCUGACCUACCGAACCGUGUUAAUCCUAGAGCCUUUUGGUUUAAGAGUGGCCACGAUAAACUUGCGAUGGAACGCCUAGAACGCCACGGUCGAGCCGAGCCGAAGCGAAUAACAUGGGCCGGCGCUAGACGAACUGCUGUUAAUUGGGUGACAUACUUUAUCGCGAUCUUGUAUAUCGCGACUGUAUUAGCGUCUUGGGGAUACUCUUACUUCAAUCUCUUUCUCAAGAGUCUCAAAAACCCCGAUGGAACGCCCACCUGGACCACUUCUCAAGUGAACGCUAUCCCGAUCGGCGGUAGCGCUAUCAACGUUGUCUUCGUCUGGGUGUGGGCUAUCCUCUCCGAUCUUCUGAGGACACGAUGGAUCUUGAUUGUAGCACAAGCCGUGAUUGGCCUCGUGCCAUGUAUUGCGAUGAGCGUUUGGACCACCCAUCCUAACACCACACCGCUUGCGACGGCCUACGCCAGUUACUUUAUCUCUUACCUGGCUUUAGGUACCGCGCCCCUGAUCAUGGCCUGGAUUUCUGAUCUAUUGCCGCAAGAUCCAGAAGGGAGGACUCUUAUCGUUGGUGUUGCGAUCGCCACAUAUUAUGCGGUUUCAGCGUGGAGUCAAGUCCUUGUCUGGCCUGCUGUUCAGGCCCCCUACUAUAAAUACGGUUGGCAAUCAUCGAUUGCGUUAUGGAUUUUAGUUAUCAUCAUGACUUGUACUCUUCGAUACAUCGAUCUUAAAUAUCUUCUUCCAAAGCGAGAAAACUUCCGCGCCACUCUGAUUGAAGGAUCAGACCCAGCGGGGCGUUCCGAGCCAGAUCCAGACGACGAUCCUAGCACACGGAAAUCGAUAUGAUGAUCGGGGAUAGGCAACUCCUACACAUUGGGCACUUGGUGGCUUAAAGAAACAAAAUCUGCGAAGAGCCUACCCGCAUUUCACUUGAUCCCCAUUUUCGGAACUCUUCAUUCAGCCAUUUAAUUUAUUACCUAGGUGUGUUAUGCAUUGGCAAUUGGGUAGAUCACAUGCUUGCAUUAUAGAA